CAGGCCGGCGCAGGGGGAGUUGCUCAAUCCGCUGGCGAGAAAGCCGGGCCGGCAGGAGUAGGAGGGGUCUGUGCAGCUGGAGGCGGGGCGGACUCAGUGGACUCGUGGGGCACCUGGGUCCUAGCAUAGUUGGAGGUGGCCUGAGGCUUUCGGUUCCUUCAGUUCCCGUAGCUCUGGCGGAGUCUGCGCGAUGGGUGACCCGGAAAGGCCAGAAGCGGCCAGGCCCGAGCUGGAUGAGUUGCUGGACACCUCAAGGGCAUCUUCAACUCUUAUCCUGUUCUCCAAAAUACAAGUUUUUAACAAGAAUGAUUAAUUCCACUUCUGAAUCUCUUAAAGCAGUCUUCUUUUGUGUUUCUACUGCUGGUACCCUAGUUCAGAGAUUAUCUUCGGAUACCAGCGAAAAUGAAGUGAAGUCAGAUGAAGAGCCACUCCUACGAAAGAGUUCUCGCCGAUUUGUCAUCUUUCCAAUCCAAUACCCUGAUAUUUGGAAAAUGUAUAAACAGGCACAGGCAUCCUUCUGGACAGCCGAGGAGGUUGACUUAUCAAAGGAUCUCCCUCACUGGAACAAGCUUAAAUCGGAUGAGAAGUAUUUUAUCUCUCACAUAUUAGCCUUUUUUGCAGCCAGUGAUGGAAUUGUGAAUGAAAAUUUGGUGGAGCGCUUUAGUCAGGAGGUACAGGUUCCGGAGGCUCGCUGUUUCUAUGGCUUUCAAAUCCUCAUCGAGAAUGUUCACUCAGAGAUGUACAGUUUGCUAAUAGACACUUACAUCAGAGAUCCCAAGAAAAGGGAAUUUUUAUUUAAUGCAAUUGAAACAAUGCCAUACGUUAAGAAAAAAGCAGACUGGGCCUUACGAUGGAUAGAAGAUAGAAAAUCUACUUUUGGGGAAAGAGUUGUGGCUUUUGCUGCUGUAGAAGGAAUUUUCUUCUCAGGAUCUUUUGCUGCUAUAUUCUGGCUAAAGAAAAGAGGUCUCAUGCCCGGACUCACGUUUUCCAAUGAACUCAUCAGCAGAGAUGAAGGGCUUCACUGUGACUUUGCUUGCCUGAUGUUUCAAUACUUAGUAAAUAAGCCUUCAGAAGAAAGGGUCAGGGAGAUCAUUGUUAAUGCUGUUGAAAUUGAGCAGGAGUUUUUAACAGAAGCCUUGCCAGUUGGCCUCAUUGGAAUGAAUUGUGUUUUGAUGAAACAGUAUAUUGAGUUUGUAGCUGACAGAUUACUUGUGGAACUUGGAUUCUCAAAGGUUUUUCAGGCAGAAAAUCCCUUUGAUUUUAUGGAGAACAUUUCUUUAGAAGGGAAAACAAAUUUCUUUGAGAAACGAGUUGCAGAGUAUCAACGUUUUGCAGUCAUGGCAGAAACUACAGAUAAUGUCUUCACCUUGGAUGCAGAUUUUUAAAACCCUUCCCAUAUAUAAACCUACCACUGGUAAAUAGCAGUCCAUUUUUCUUUGCUUUAAAAAAACAAAAAAAAACAAAAAAACGAAAACUUGAAGUACCUCCUUUAGGGAAUAGAAGUUUGCUCCAGAGGAAAUCUAAAACCAAAUUUCAUUCAAGUUGGAUUUAUAUAAAUACACUCUAAUUUUCCUGUUUAACAACCAGCGUGUGACUUAAAUGCUUUUGUUUUGUCACUAAAAUAUAAGAUGGUAUUAUGUAGCGGUUAAGACCAUGAGGUGAGGGGCAGAUAUGAGUUCGACAUUCUACCCUUACUACUUGUGUGAUUCUUGGCAAGUCAGUUAAUCUCUCUAAAUCUCAGUGUGCGUAUCUUUAAAAUGAAAGUAAUAGUAGGUCCUAAAUUUAUCACGUGGAUAUGAGGAUUAAGCCACAAAAUAAAUGCUUAGCCAAUAUUAACACCACCACUACUAUUACUACUUACUAAUAGUGUUAAUUAUGGUGAUGUUGUGAUAAAAUGCUCCCCUGUCCUCCAAGUAAUUGUGAUUCUAGGUCUUAAGAUCUAGAUUAAAUCUUUGUAUUUUUAAUGUUUGAGGGAGAAUAUAAAGAUUUCAUUUAAAAGAUUAUAAUUCUCAUUAACUUGAGAAUAACUUCUUUGAAUGCCUCAGCAUGUGGUAAAGGAAAUUUCGUUCUUAGUUGCUUUGGGCAGGAUACUUAUGAAGUGGAAUUCAGGAAGUUGUCCUGGUAGUUGACCUUGUAAGUAAAAUGAUUCUCCUCCUUUGGAAAUCAAAAUAGUCACUAUUGCCAGACAUAGCCCUGAAAUGUUUAAAGCCCAGGUGAAUUAGCUAGAAUACCAUUUCCCAAAGAGUAUUCUAAGAGCUGUUAGCCCCUCUAGAUAUUUUGUGGGCAGGGGGGGAAGGGGAUUCUGUGGUCAGAUGAAUCUGGGAAAUGUUUAUCCUCCCUUCCUCUUUAGAACAUACAGUUCAGUACAUCGAAGACAGAGAAAUUCUGCAGUACGUAAGCUUAUUCCCCCCUGCAUGUCCCAGACUUAGUUUAUACGAAUCUGUUUUUCACCUGUUAACAUCUUACCUACCUGGUAUUCCUCAGAACAUAGGUUGGAAAAAGUUGGCCUAGAACUAUGGCCUUCAGAGGAAGGAGUUGGGGACUGAGUUAAGGAGACCUGGUGGGAAUUACUGAACCAUUCAUAUUUGUGCCAGCCUGAGUAAUGUACCUGAGACUGACCUCAGCUGUGCUUCUUUAAUACUCUUUAAACUCUUUUAUGCUGUUACAAGGUAUAAGUCCAAAUAAUGGAACUAUGCCUCCAGUACAGUAGCACAUAGACACAGGUCUCUGCAGAGGAGACUGGGUGAGGAGAGUCCGGGAACCCCUCAUUAUCAUUAGGAAGAGUCAAGAGGUAGCCUGAGCCCCCAAAAACAGUGUGGUUCUCCACUUACAGCACAUUUUUAUAAAAUUCUGCAACCUAGAAUUUAGAGAUUUUCACUGUGCAUAAAUGUUUGCUCCAUUCAUUCGGCAAUUAUCUAAUUGACUUUAUAAAACUGGGAGUUCUCGAGUGUGUGCAAGAGGAGCAUGUCAUAGCUUUGUUAGGGAGAAGGUCCGAAACUUGAUAUAUUUCCACCUAUGACAAUGCCAUUUAUUUGUUCAGUUUGUUCUGUGCUGCAGAGUUGGCCAGCUGUUUUUAUAUUUUAUGUCCUCUCGGGUGAUCCCACAAUAGCCUUUGGAGUUUGAAGAGCUGCUAGUAUUGACAUUUUACUGAUGGGGGAGAGUGAGGCUCAGAGAAGUUAAAUGACUUGGUCAAGAUCUGCUCAUAGCACUGUCCCUACAGGAGAAUUCAUUUUUCUUAGAGAUUAUCAUCUUUCUUGUAUUUAGUCCUUUACAUCCAUCUUGAUGUGAUUUUGUCUUUCCUCAUUCAAGUAUCAUGUACUUUAAUCAAGGUGUUAUAUAAAUUAUUUAACUAUAUUCAGGUAGUAUGUUCAAAGAUGUGUCUACUACUAUAUAAAAACUGAACGUUUAAAAUUAACAAUAUCUGCAAUGAUAUCAGAAUGAAAGAAAAAAGAUUUCAGUGCAUAUUCCCAUUGUUUUGAAUUCACAUCUUUCUCAUAGGUAAUGGCAGGUGCCUUAAUAUGAAGCUUAUUUAUAGUAGCAAUAAACCUAACUGUAUUGAGAUGAAGAAGUUUUAUUACUGAAAUACUGGAUUUUUAAUACACUGGUUUAUUACAUUCGGUGUUCUAGAUCCUUUUCCAGGCCUCCAGGUUGCAUAUUUAUUUAUUAUGUUUAGUAUUUUGGUUCUUAGCUCUUAAGGAGUGACGCAAUUAUGGAAUCUCUUUUUAACUUUCAGGUAAAGAAAAAAUUCAGAGUAUGUUUACAACUUUUUUUUUAACAGCCACAUGUAUUUAGAUCAUUGUUACAGUAGUUAAGUUCAUUAUUUAGGAAUAUAAAAACUUGUAGUUCAUGACAGAUUGCACUUAUUAAACAUAUUUCAUUGUAGUAUGUAGAAUCGUGAUUUGGAAAGAUUUGGGAAGACAGACCCAGUGCUUUCAGACAAGACUGCUUUGUUGUUCAGUUACAUACAAUAAUAAACAAUUACUUUUACAUACAA